GUUAAUUGUUGUAAGGAGAGCUGUAUAGCAAAUGAGUACUUUUGUUCCACCACACUUGUCUUGGUUCAUCUCACUGUCUUUCCAGCUGCUAAGGGCCGCCCUGUUACAACAGCACUUUGGUUUACCAGGUGAACCUCAUGAUAUGAAGCCAAAAAAACAAUGCCCUCAUGGUUGGACAGAGUACUCCAAACGCUGUUUUAUCUAUGUUUUUCAUGCCAUGUCUUGGGCUCAGAAUGGUUAUUGGUAUUGGAUUGAUGGAACACAGUUCAGAUACACAAACUGGUGCCCUGGACAGCCAAGCAACUCGUAUUAUGAGCAAUGCCUGCGGAUGAAUUUUGGAGGAGGAGCAGAUAUGAGGCGAGGUCGGACUGAACGGAGUGGAUUUGAAGGGAGACAUCAGGAUGGUCACCUGGUCAAGAGGUCCUCUGAUUGUCCUGGUGGUUGGACUCUGUUGAGUGGUCGCUGUUUCCUCUACAUUCCAAGACGCACGACAUGGGCUAAAGCAGAGAAAAACUGCUUGGUCAUGGGGGCCAACCUUGCAUCUGUGCACAGCAGCACAGAGUAUCAUGGGAUUCAGCACCUGAUAGUGACUGCCAGUCAUGACUACCAAGAAACUUGGAUUGGAGGAAGUGAUGCACAGGAGAACAAGGCCUGGUUAUGGACUGAUGGAAAGCCUUUCGACUAUUCAAACUGGUGCCCAGGAGAGCCCAAUAAUUUCUGGCGCAACCAGCACUGUCUGCAAAUCAAUCAUAACGGUUCCAAGUGCUGGGAUGAUAUAGCAUGCAGCAAAAGUCGACCUUCUGUUUGUGUCAAGAAAAUGUGA